ACUUUUCUUUUCCUUUCUCUCUCCAAAUCUCAUCCCAUAUUCCCCCCAAUCUCCAAAACCCUAAAAUCUCCCUCUAUCCAUCCAUUCCAUUCUUUCCAUUUCAUCCACACAUCAUAUUAUAUAUAUAUAUAUAUAUAUAUCUCUAUAUCUAUAUAUUCCAUUUCUCCCCUAUAAUAACUAACAAUGGCCAUGGCUUCUAAAAAACCUACACCCGCCGCCACAACAACACCAAUGACGUCAUCCCAACCUCAAGUCAUCUUAACCCAAGACGACCUCAAAAAAAUCGCCGCAUACAAAGCCGUAGAAUUCGUCGAAUCCAACAUGAUUCUCGGACUCGGAACCGGUUCAACCGCAAAACACGCAAUAGACCGGAUAGGCCAGUUACUAAAACAAGGCAAACUAAAUAACAUCAUAGGAAUCCCAACAUCAAAACAAACACACCAACAAGCUUUAUCAUUAAACAUACCAUUAUCCGACAUAGAUACCCACCCAGUUCUCGAUUUAGCCAUUGAUGGGGCAGACGAAGUUGACCCGGAUAUGAAUCUGGUAAAAGGUCGGGGCGGGUCGCUGCUCCGAGAAAAAAUGAUUGAAGGGUGUUGCAAGAAAUUUGUUGUUAUUGUUGAUGAGAGUAAAUUAGUUGAUUAUGUGGGUGGAAGUGGAUUAGCUAUGCCGGUUGAAAUUGUGCCAUUUUGUUGGAAAUUUACUUGUAAGAAAUUGGAAAAUUUGUUUGUUGGUAGUGGAUGUGUCGCUAAGUUGAGAUGUGACGGAAAUAGUGACCCAUUUGUGACGGAUAAUGGGAAUUAUAUAAUUGAUUUGUAUUUUAAGAAAGAUAUUGGGGAUUUGAAAGAAGCGGGUGAUAAGAUUUUGAGACUUGCAGGUGUUGUUGAACAUGGAAUGUUUAUUGAUAUGGCUACUACUUUGAUUGUGGCUAGUGAGAUGGGCGUGACUGUUAGGCAUAAGUAGUAGUAAUGUUUUUUUGGCUAACUUUUUAUUAUUAUUUUAUUGUUUUUUUGAUUUUUUUUUUUUAAUUUAAUGAAUUAAUUUUUGAUAAGAUGAAAGCAUUUUUUUGCUUCAUAGUAUUGGACUGUUGGUUGGUUUGUUGCUGGCCUUGAUAUACAAGAUUAUAUAUUUGUGUUGUUGCAUUCUACAUUUAACAAAUUGGAAAUUACAAAUUACAUGGCAUAUUCUGGUAUAUAAAACCUUUUGUUUGUUUUGUUUUUGGACUUGUUAGAUUUGAGUGAAAUUGGGAAUAGUUUUAUAUUGGAAGAUGUAACUAGUUUUGUUUAUGGAUGUCAUUUUCAAUUUGAAUAGAGACAAGUCUUAUUGAGUAUCUUGAAGUACAUUGGAUAGACUCUCUUGAAAGCUUUUAUCGAAUGGUUUCUUAUUUUGGUGUUGAUGUAUUUGCAUUGGAUGUUUGUAUCAGGUCAGCCUGUUCUGCAUUCCAAAAUCAUGCUGGUUUGACAGAUUUGAUCCGUUUUGCUUUUCAUGUGUAGAUGAGUAGAAUAUAUGAUUUAUGGGCUUUGUUUAAGUUUUGUCCUAAACAUCUAGGGAUUAUGAAGUUAAACAAAACACAUAGUAUAUGUUCAACUCAUUUAUGUAUGAACGGUCAAAUAUGUCAAACCAAAAUGAUCAUGGUUUGCUAAAAGGGUGAAUGAUGCAAACAUCUAAAUACAUCCAUCCCAAGAUAAGAUACAAUUUGAUAGAAACUUUAACCCAUAGUGUACAUAAACUUGGACUCUAAUCCAAUGUAUUUAAAUAUUUGUGUUCCAACUUGUUUGUAGAAAUCAUUUUAGAUAAAUCUCUUUUAUUAAGCAUCUUCGUUUGUGAGCCUAUUAUAGGAACUAUGGGCUUUGUUUAAUUUAUGUUGUCCUGAACUUUCAAGCUGAGACGAAUUGGUAAGAUUUCGAUAUUUAUUCCAACUUUUUUAUAGAAAUCGUUUCAGGACUUGGAAGCAUGUUUGUUACAUCCAACUACUUUUUUGUUCUCUUUCUUAUCAUUGCAUUGCUACAUUGCUUGUGUUUUUCUCUCGGUUUCAGGAACACAUAUGAGCCAAUGAUUCUUCGUGGCAAUGAAAUCUGGUUCAGCUGUUGCACAGUUUAUGUUCUUUUGAUUGUAUUGAGUUUAUCUAUGCUAAAAUUAACUUUUUUGACUAACUAUAAUAGACCUUAUGUCCCUGCAAAUGUUCUUGCAUUGUUUUACAUGUGUCUGGACAUAGACGUGAAUUUUGCUUUAUAUAUAAGUUAUCUCGUACAUUUAACCCUCUAUAGAUGCAUACAGAUGUUAGGGUGUUAUAUCUGCAAUACAAUCUAUAGUUACCAUCAUAAUAACACGGGGUCUUAUCAUAGGUCAAACUUUUCCAUUAUGUCAUGUUAAUUUUACUAUUAUUCUAUACUAAUAUGUACUCCAACAGCUAUUCAAAAAAAACGGACUAACACAUAAUAUGUUAUACCAAACGUAUUGAAUUGUUGCAUUUUUAUUUAUCGCAGCUGCUACUCAUGAUUGACGAUUGACAAGCAGUUAGGUGGUUGAUAUAUCUUGUCUAUCUGAUAAAGUGACAAGUCUUUAGUCAAAUAUCUGCAAAUGCUAUUCUUAUCCUUGAACCUUGAGAAAAUGGCCGUUUAGUCUUUAUGUUGCCUUUUGGAGUUCUGGUGGCCGUUCAACUCUGGAAGUUGUUGGAGCUGUUAUACAAUCUAAAGUGGAAUCUCAAGAUCCUCCAUAACCAUGAGCCACAUAAUGGCUUAGGUUUUGAAAAACCACAUGACAAACAGAAACCUGAUGAUGGUAGCUCUAAUCUUUCAUGUGCACAAGAAGAAAUGCCCACUCCCAGGAAGAGGGUUAUUGGACCUGUAAUGACAUCUGCCGAAUUGCUUGCUACAGCAACUAAUGUAACCGAAGCUGAAGUUGAGUUAAUGUAUGCCAGUUUUUGUUGAUGGUUAUCCGGUUUAAUGAGAAAUUAAAGGAAGGCAUUUAGUAUUCAACAACAAACUGCACAAUUUUCAAAAAGCACCACUAAAUUAUGAGAAAUAGUCAUUAUAUGUGCACUUGGUGAUUGACACUUCGACAGUGCAAUAGAUGCAAUGGGAUCUCUGAAUGCAGUUACCGUCUUGGUUUUCACUCAUGGAAAGGUAACAGAAUUCCAAACGCUUUGAUUUUAGGUAAAUUUGUCAGGAGAAGUGGACAGGAUCCAGCAACUCAAUGGAAGGUUGUCUGCAUUGCAAGACAAGCCAGCGGUUUCUUGUGUAUGAUUGCCCCACUGUGAUACACCUGGGUUAGCCCAGGCUACAGCGUUUAGUGAUUUUUGUCUAAAGGAUUAUGGCUUAGUUUCUGCUCCAGAUGUUUUUUACCGCUGUAUUUCGUAAUUUUUGAAAGAGACGAGUUUGUAACUCACGAUUGAUGGGGUACCUUCGUUUUUCUGCAACUAUAAUUGAGUAUUAAUUUUCUGCCAAGUUUACUGGUGUGGUAGACAAUCAGAUGGAUAUAUGGAGGGCGUUAGUGUAACCUUUAAAUACUCUUGUAAUAAGAUAUCUCUUUUAUCAAGUUUAAUUUGCUACCUUUUUAUAA